CAAGUGUUUCCUGCUGUCGCCGCCCAGCAGUUUUCAGUCCGUUUGUUCCCAGUUGGGUGGCUGAAGCUAACCUUCAAUUCAAUUUAACAAUUGUCUUCGAUCUCUAGAUCUCUUCUCUGCCGUUGGUUCCAUCUCCCAAUUGGCUUUAAUUUUUCACAUAUGACCUAUGGAAGAUACAGAGCUGACGUGGCCACCCUGUACGACGUCUUCUGCGAACUUGAUGCCCCGAAACCUGGCGAAAAGCUUGCUAUUUUAAGACUCCAGUAUCCCGACGAUUUCCACGAUCCAGCUAUUGUGAAAAGUGUUCAACAGUUUGCAUUUCCAUGUCAACUACGAGAAGUAGAAGUCGACGCAGUGCAAUUAUUCAGUUUUGUUCUAACCGAUUCGAACUCCAAAUUCUCGUUUGGAUUUUGCCGUUAUACACCAAGAACCGACACGUGCAUCUGCUUCUUGAGUGGAUUCUUCUGGCCAAAUGUCUUCUUCAAAGCUCUUAACGAUAUUUCUUUGGUGAUAGGUUCAGCGCAAAGGGAAGAUGUUGAAUCAGUGCUCACCAAAUUCUAUCACACAGAUAUUCCAAAUAUUGACGAAUAUUUACGAUUUGCUGAUAGUAAUCAAACAGAUGGACACAACUAUCGAGUAGUGUUUGCUGAAAAAAUUCCCGAUCACACGCGAUUACCAACUCUUGGCUCGGAUAAGUUUUUCCUCGAGUUCUACAACGCCAUCGACCCUCGGCAGAUGUUAGCAAUCUUUGCAAGUCUACUGAAAGAACGUCGUAUUCUGUUUACUGGGCGGAAAGUUGGAUCGUUGAGUUCAUGUCUCCAUGCGGUCUCGAUGCUUCUCUACCCAAUGUGUUGGCAAUCAGUUUUUAUCACAAUUCUUCCCGAGUCUCUCGUCGACAUGGUAAUGGCACCAAUGCCAUACUUGAUAGGCGUUCCAAAAACUGUUUUGGAAAAUGCGAGGCUGAAUAUAAGAGACAUCGGCGAAGUGGUGAUUGUUGAUAUUGACGAGAAGACGUUAACAAGCCCAUUCGAUGAUGUAGCAGCAAUGCCUCAAGAAGUUGUAAACUUUUUGAAAGCACAACUUCGGUCGCAGUCAGCAAUGGAUGACACUUUUGCAAAGCACUUCUUACGAGCUAUGGUUAUGCUGUUUGGUGACUACACAAGUGGAUUUACUGGUGAUACGCCUGAAACUCUGGUUUUUUCCAAAGAGCGGUUUGUGGUGCAACAAAAACCAUCCUACCAAGCAUACGUAUCAUCACUAUUAGGUGCGGAUGGUGUGCAGUACCUAGAAAGAUUCAUCCACGACCGAUUAGAAUUGUACAAAGACGGACACGUGCCAGGAGACCAGUUCGAAAUUGAAAUCGAACAGAUGGAUCUGAAAAACCGGCCGGUCAAGGAGAAUGCCAAUGACGUCAUCGGAGCAUUGAAAACUUCUGGAAUACAAAUUGCAAAUCGUCUCCAGAAACUAACGCCUCGGGAAAUACGAAAAGCAGCGGCAAGAAAAAAAGCACACAAUCAAAAUGGAUUUGAGCAGUCGCCAAUGUCUUUUGAUAACCUACAAUGGGAUGCAACGUUCCAGAAAAGUGACGAAAACGAGGGCUUCCCGGUGGAAACAAGGAUGGACAAUGUUCCAGUAGCCAACCUCAUUGAUUUGGAUGAACCUUCUACAAGUUCUGCGUCUGGGCUUACAUCAGUGGAUGAACAGUACUUUCUUCGUCCCUCCGAACUUGCAACUAACAACCGCAAGUCGCCAUCUGGAGCAAUAGGAAACGUAUUUGCCGACCCAUUUGCGACGUCACCAGAAGGCUCGGCGCCUCCAUUGCCCUCUCGACCCCCACCACCUCUACAUCCUCGCAUGAUUCCUGGCUCAUCGGUCCAGUCAAUCUCUCCAAGUGGAUCAUCAGCACCUCACCUACUCCAUUUUCAACAAAGCCAUCAGUGGGCACAAGUCAGCCAAGUAGGAAGCGUACCAUCAGCGAUGAACCCAUCUGCACCCGAUUGGUAUGCUCCUCCGCCGCUACCUCCCCGACGACCUGCAUCAGUUGGCCCAUCGAGCACAUCGUCAGGGCAACCAGCAACUGCUUUUGCCACUAGUUCAGCAAUACGAGUCCCCCCUCCUCCGGUUCGGAGCAAAUGGGAAACUUUCGAGUAGAAUACAAUCAUGUGAUAACAAAAUGAAAAACAAAUUAUUUAUGUGUAUGAAAUUUGAGUUUCUAUGGCUAGAGUCGUAUGGUUACUUUCAUAAAUUUAACCCAUUUCUUUCCCCCUUCCCACUAGUCAAAUUAUUUUGUUUUUCCAUAUUCUCAUAUUUUUUAAUCGUUUGUUCCUUGUACUCCUGCGAGACUGAAGUCACAACGAUAAUUCAGUCAUUUUAUUCAUUUUGUUUAAGUAUAUAUUUUUCAAAAAUCCAAAGGAACUUGUCAAAUCAAAUUGUCAUCGAAUGCCGGCAUUCUAACUUUUUCUUGUCAAAAGUAUAUAUUUAUUUAUUUUUCUGGUUUGGAAUAAACAAUAAUGUUGGGUGA